CCCAACAUGACAUCAAAUUCAUGUGCGAUUUCCGAUUUUUUAAAACUUCUGUCACACUCAUCAUAAUUCAAAACGAAAGAGUAUUUCUCACUUUUAAAUGGAACAUAAAAAAGACAAAAAUAACAAUCAUAAAUUAACACACCACAAAAUACUCCUGGAAUAAACAAGCCGUCUUUUCACAUCACUGGUAAUACAAUUCCAGGUUCAUCCCAUCGUGAAUUUCAUCUUCUUGAAGCUUAAUAUGAUCCUUGAAAAUUGUGUACCAUUUCUUCAAUACAAUUUUGUCACAUCGUGUACCAGUUUGAGCUGCAAUCAAUUUCUUCAAAUCUCCAAUUGUAUCAUCAGGAUUGCACUUAACUCGCACUUUCUUGCCAAGACGAUCAUUGCAUGUAACUUCCAACAUGAUAACAGACUUCAGGACUUACGGGAAACGCGUGACUUCUCCAGAUUUCUCUGCAAGAGCCACCGCUUGGCUGUCACAACCUAGUAAUCUGAAAUGCCCUAUAACCAAAUUGCUUGCGCCACUUGUUUUCCGAUAUGCCCUUGCCUUCUCACGCUUCCCACCCAGUCAGCUUGCUUGCAAGUUGCGACAACUGACGACGCCAAUGAAUAAUUGCCAACUGUAGACCAAUAUGAAGAAUAAAUUCUACGCUAAAUUUAAUCGUUUUCAAUUUCACUGCCUCAUAGAAGAAAAAAAUCAAGUUUUUUAAUGUGUUUUGCAACAAGAAGUAUUAUGUACAUAUCUAAGUAUUAUUUUCUGUAAACGUCAUAAUUCGAGCUUUCUGUUUACCGGAAGGUGUUCAAUUGUCUUAGCUCCACAUCACUCCGACACAUCGCACCGACUGAAGUUCAUGUAGUACAGCUGGUGGCCGCUUUUGGCUGGCUGUUGGCAACAUGGCUCAAGUGAGAGAUGUAUUAAGCAAAUGUGAAGAAUUAGCCGAUCAGGUACUACGCCAAGGGAAGUAUGUGUUGCCUACAAUUGCCAGGCUUUGCCUAAUAUCAACAUUCCUUGAAGAUGGUAUCAGAAUGUGGGUCCAGUGGACAGAACAACAGGAAUAUAUGGACAUGUCAUGGGGUUGCGGAAAAUUUUUAGCUGCGUUAUUUGUUCUAAUUAAUUUAAUAGGUCAGCUGGGAGGGUGUGUUAUGGUUUUGGGUAGAUUCCGUGUUUCUAUUGCUUGUGGGAUUCUCUUUUUUAUUGUAGUUCUUCAGACUAUAGCAUACAGUAUAUUAUGGGAUCUUCAGUUCCUUUUCCGCAAUUUGGCCUUAAUUGGUGCUCUACUGCUUGUUCUGGCAGAAAGUAGAGUGGAGGGCCGAAGCUUAUUUGCCGGAGUACCAUCACUUGGGGAUAACAAACCGAAGAAUUAUUUACAACUAACAGGCCGAAUACUUUUGGCGUUUAUGUUUGUUACAUUGCUGAGAUUCGAAAUUAACUUUCUUCAGAUUGUUCAAGAUCUUGCAGGAUCUAUUCUGAUGGUUCUUGUCACCAUUGGCUAUAAGACAAAAUUAAGUGCUCUAAUUUUGGUGUUGUUGUUAACUGCCCUGAAUUUCUAUCAUAACGCUUGGUGGAAUAUUCCUGCCUACAAACCAUUAAGAGAUUUCCUCAAAUAUGAUUUUUUCCAGACUUUAUCUGUUAUUGGAGGAUUAUUAAUGAUUGUCUACCUGGGACCUGGUGGUGUGUCCAUGGAUGAGCAUAAGAAGAGAUGGUAGGAUGACUAGAAGAAUUGGUCCAAAGUGAAGUUAGAAAAUACAUUGUUGUGGAUGAAGGGGAAAUAGGAGUAUGCUGUUUUAUGAGCACUGAUAAGUGAUGGAUUGUUAAUACAACACAAAAAUGCAUUAUUACUUUUAAAAAUAAUUGUGGUUAAAGGUCUUCCUUUACAGUUGAAAGUUUGAAACUUGACUUAUGGGUGGAUCACUGAUUAUGCAGUUAGUUUGGCCAGUAGAAAAGUACAGUGUUCUCACUGAUGCGUAUUUUACCUGUCUGACGAGUGUUUUUAGAUUUCUUAUUUUUCCAUGAAAACUAAGAAUCCAUUGUGAAAAAGUGAUGUGAGUUACAACAGUUUAAAGAUUUCUGUGUUUUCUUUUGUAAAACAUUCAAAUUGGUAAUUUCAGUGUACAGUAACAUUGCUUGCAGUCAGAGAGGAAUCUGAAUUAGCUUCAGAAAAUUGCUGUGCAUAACAGUUAUCAAAUAAUUUCUGACAAUUUAAUUCAUCAUCAACAUAAACAAAUUUGAGGAGUGUCUUAAAAUUACAGUUCAGAUUUUAAUUUACACAGAAGGUACUUGAAAGUAAUUUUCCAAUUAGAUUUGUUCUUAUGUAUUUGAUAUGUGGACAAUGGGGCAUAAAUAAAGUAAAUAGGGAUAAUUUAAUGUAGUUUGGGUUUAUCUCAAGAGGGAUGUGCUUUUUUGAUAAAUUUAAUAUUCAGGUUGUACUUGCUUACGAUGUUGCAAUUGAAUAUUAAUCAUCAUGCUUACGUGUAUGAACUCACUUCUAUAUUUAAAUUUUUUGACCAAAAUGUGAUUUAGAGAAUUUUACUUCAUUGAUGCUUGGUCUUGGUUGCUGCACUCGAAGCAGUGUUGUUUUUCAAUUUCUGUAGUAUUGGUUUUACUUUUUUUUAUCAACUCUACAAUUGUGGAAGGAGAUGUAUAUUUGACUUUCAUUUAUUUACUUCAUACAUAUCAGUACAGUCAACUGAAAACUUGUUCUGUAUAUAAAAGCAGGUAAAUUCUUUUUUAUCAUUGUAUUUGAUGUAGGAAUGGGAGUGUUGUUUAUGCCCUUGUGUGUGUGUGUGUAUGGUUAUUGGGUAUAUGGUAUCUGGUGUGUUUGACCAAUUUUAUAUUUGUUUAAAGUCUGACUUGUUCCCUGUGGUUUAACAAGAAUAUGGUUUGUUGGAUUCUAUAUUUGGACAUUUCAGUGUAGCAUCUUCAUAACAUUAGAAAAAAAACAAUGCAAUGUUUUUGUUGGUGAUUAAGCAGGGAUUAAUGAAGGAUUGAUACUGAUAUUUUGUAAAUCAAAUAAAUCUUAUUUUAUACUUCCUUAAUUUUUAUAAAAAAAAUCACAUAAUUUUAUAUAAAUGUGUACAUUUUGGGUACUGUGUAUAUAUAAGUACUUUCAUCCUGAUGACUACAUUCUUCUGUAUUUAAGUCAGUGUUCCGAAUUUUGCAGUUUUGAAGGAUAUGAUUGUGUGAUACGAGAAAAUUGGAUAUUUUUCAAAAGUAUUGGUGAUAGAAUAAAUUAUUUUCAAUCAUUAAAAUAUUUCUUUAAUUUAUUUAAUUGCUUUUGUAAUAUAGGUUAAAGUGUUGAUGAAAAAAAAACAACUAUGAAUUAUAAUAGUUGAUAUUUAAUUUCAUGAUUUAACCCAUCAGAAAACACAAAUAUAUUUUGACAUUUUUUUAAUGCGUAUUUUGAUAGAGUUGGUGAGUGAGGUUUGUUUCAGUUCUGCGGAAGUUCAUUUUAGCUGACCUGUCCCAUUUUUCUUAUUGUAAGCAGAAUUGAAAAAUACUUGCCCAUUGAAUGCUUUAAUUUUGAGUAUACAUCCUCAACAUUUAUAGAAUUUUGAAAUAAGGAAAAUUAUUAAAAUGAAAAAUGAAUCAUGAUUAAUUUUGAAAAUUGAGAACUAUUUCUUGAUAUAUAUCUUAGUUGCUUGAUAUUUGUGAAUAUUUUUACUGCCAUGAAGAUCAUUGUUGAAAGGUAUUCCUGCCAUUUCCGGCAUGGUUAAAAGUCUUUUUAUGUCACUAUUGAUAGAAAGAUCAGACAUUUUCUGCAAGGAAUAUGAAGUACAAUAAUUCUUUGAUAUUUUCUAUUCUUGAGACAAAAGAACUAUUGAAUUCUUUCAAAAUCAUCUCUUAUUUAUAUUGUGUUCUCUGUUCCACCAUAAAAACAUUGUGGUGUUUCUUGAAAAUGAGUAGACUUUUAGUGUAAUUCAAAAUUGGAGAAACCAUUUUAAUUGUGCAUUUGAGAUCAUAUAACAAUAAAAUUGUUACUUUAUGACCAUUCCUUGUCUACUUUACUAAGUUUACUAUUGGGUAAAAUGUAACGCACAUAAAUUGACAGGCUGUGCUGGAUGUUUGCUCUCAAACAUUUUAUGAAUGUUCAGUUUCAUUUCAUUAAUAUUAGUCUACAUUCCACCUUUGUCUACCGUAUGAACAUUAAAUGUAUAAUUUUACUUGCUCUGAGGUUCCACUGUGUAUGGGGUAAAUUAGAAAUGGAAGUUGAGUGUUGUAUUGUAAUUUUUUCUCCAUGUCAUAUACCAAGGUCUUUCAUUUGUAUGUGUGAAUUGAAGACAUUUGAAAAUUGUUGGUACUUAGCCAUUUUGCAUUAUAUUUUUCUUUCAAACUUUGAGCAGAUGAAUGUGCUCAAUGGCAAACUGUUACUUAGUUAGUAAGCAUUCUGUAUAUUCACAUAAAUUAUCUAGAACAACCGCAACUAUUCCAAAUUCUGUGAAUAAGACAUUGAACAAAGUGUUGCACAGUGAUACGGUGAUGGCUUCCUGAUUUGGAGGACCUAGCUCAAAGUCCUGAAUCUAUGUCACAGUUUUUAUCUAAUGAUUACCUUCCAGACCAGCUCUGGAGUCAGUCCACCCUCCUUUCCAAAUGAGUACCAGGAUCUUUCCUGGGGGUAAGACCAGGGCAUUGCGCUUGCCAAUCAACUUCCUCCUUGGGCCACAUCGGCCUGUGUACAAUUGCACUGGGGCACCAUUACCUUUUACCUUUGAAAUCUUCUUUUUUUUUUAUUGCACAGCUUAAUAAAAUUUUUUGCUCAUGUGCAAUG